GGAGGCAGAGGAGGGGGAGGGGGAUCCCCCUCGCUCCCACGUGGUCCGGGCGCCUGUGAAUCGCGCCCGCCGGAGGGUCUCACAGCGAAAUACAAAAGCAGCUGGGAAGCCACGGCCAGGCGAGUUCCCAGCGCCCGGGCAGAGCUCCGGCCAGAGCCCCGCAGCGCUCCGCAGCCGCGAUGGGGCUCCGGUACCCGAAGCCCCGGAGCCAGCCAGCAGCCGGGCCCGCCUCGCCGCCCGCACCCGGGCGCCCGGGCUUGGCUUGAAGCGGCGGUGGUGGCACCGGCGCGCCGGCAGGAGCAUGGGGCGGAGGAUGCGGGGCGCCGCCGCCGCCGCCGCCGCGGGGCUCUGGCUGCUGGCGUUGGGCUCCCUGCUGACGCUUUGGGGAAGGCUCCUGCCUCCACGGACCGAGCUGCCAGCCUCCCGAUCGCCCGGAGAUCGACUCCCCCGGCCUCCGACCCAGAGUGACGGCCCGGCGCCCGAGCCGCGCUUCCCACUGCCCCCGCCCCUAGCGUGGGACGCCCGCGGCGGCGGCUCCCUGAAAACUUUCCGGGCGCUUCUCACCCUGGCGGCGGGUGCGGAUAACCCGCCCGGGAGGCACCCGGACCAUCGCGGACAGCACGUGCCGGCCAAGCUGCCCGAGCGGGCGGAGCGCACGGCGGUGCAGGGGGGCGUCUUCUGGAGCCACGGCCUGGAGGAGCAGGUGCCCCGGGGCUUCUCCGAAGCCCAGGCAGCAGCCUGGCUGGAAGUGGCGCGGGGCGCCCGGGUGGUGGCCCUGGAUCGCGGCGGCUGCGGACGCAGCUCCAACCGCCUCGCCCGCUUUGCCGACGGCACCCGUGCCUGCGUGCGCUACGGCAUCAACCCGGAGCAGAUCCAAGGCGAGGCCCUGUCCUACUACCUUGCGCGCCUGCUGGGCCUCCAGCGCCACGUGCCGCCGCUGGCGCUGGCUCGGGUGGAGGCUCGGGGCGCGCAGUGGGCGCAGGUGCAGGACGAGCUGCGCACGGCGCACUGGACCGAGGGCAGCGUGGUGAGCCUGACGCGCUGGCUGCCUAACCUCACCGAUGUGGUGGUGCCCGAGCCCUGGCGAUCGGAGGACGGCCGUCUGCGGCCCCUGCGCGACGCCGGGGGCGAGCUGACCAACCUCAGCCGGGCAGAGCUGGUGGACCUGGUACAGUGGACCGAUCUGAUCCUCUUCGAUUACCUGACGGCCAACUUCGACCGGCUCGUAAGCAACCUCUUCAGCUUGCAGUGGGACCCGCGCGUUAUGCACCGCGCCACGAGCAACCUGCACCGGGGACCGGGAGGGGCGUUGGUCUUUCUGGACAAUGAGGCGGGCUUGGUGCACGGCUAUCGGGUGGCCGGCAUGUGGGACAAGUAUAACGAGCCGCUCUUACAGUCGGUGUGUGUGUUCCGGGAGCGGACGGCCAGGCGCGUCUUGGAGCUGCACCGGGGUCAGGACGCGGCGGCCCGGCUGCUGCGCCUCUACAGUCGCCACGAACCGCGUUUCCCGGAGCUGGCGGAGCUCGCAGACCCCCACGCUCGGCUGCUACAGCGCCGCCUUGACUUCCUCGCCAAGCACAUUUUGCACUGCAAGGCCAAGUACGGCCGCCGGCCCGGGGACUUACUAGCACUCCGUGGAAGAGAGGGACUGGGAUAUGAGUGAGGAGGGUUGGGGCUGCCUUCUCCGCCACUGGCUGGGAACAACAAGCCAACGCCCACCCAGUGGCCUGAUCGCGAAGCUGUCUAAAACUUGUGUCUUACCCACUUGCCCCCUUUCUUUUCGUGCCAGGCUGUUUCCUUUCCGAGUUCUGGAAGGGCAAACUCACCGAGGCGAGAAGUGUUAACAUUCCCUCCACCUAGCUUAUAUAUAUAUAUAUAUAAAAAAAGGAUUCUUUUCUGUGCUUGUGUGGAGAUUGGAUCCGAAGAAACUGGCUGCUGGGGUUUGGCCCCCGAAAGGCAGUCUCUAUGGGAGAUGCAGUCCAUUCUUGUCGCUCCCCCCACCCCCCAACACACACACCCCUUCCAAAAAAGGAAAACUUCCGUUUGAGCCCUUGAACUGAUCCCGCUUUUCCUACCAAACACAGCGCCAGUGGCCCCAGAGUGGGCGGUGACACGGGUUGGUGGAGCCCCUUCCUGUGUUCUCCCUUUGUUCCAGCGCCGCGAUGCUGAGAUAACUGCUCCGUUCUGAGGGACAGCUCUGGAUAGGACAAAGAGAGCAACACUCCCCCGCCCCUGGGAGCCCUACCGACCCUGGCAAUUUGUCUGAACCAUUCCUGAACUCCUGUCAUUUUGGCCUGAAGGCUAUGAAUUCAGGACUAGUUGUAUGCAGUCAGUAAUGAAUUUCCUCCUGCUUCUCCCAGCUGACCAAAAUGUUGACAAUGAUAAUGUUCACCAGAAGAAAAAAAAAAAAGUUUCAUGCACUUUACUUUGUUUUUAUUUUAAUUUUUUAGUAGGAAAAAAAACUUUUUUAUUUGACAGAAUUUGCCUUCUAUGUAUAUAUGUGCAUAAAUUGUGGUGUAAAUAGACUAAACAAACUUAUAUUUCAAUAAAAGGGAGUUUAAAAUUUAGAAUUUAA